AUGAGGAAACUAAGAUUUAAUCUAAAGGGACUAGGGCCGCUUCCUCCGACUGGUGGGAGUGGCGGAAUAAGGAGAAACGACAAUGCAUCAAAAUCUUUUGGGGUAGGAAUGAGAAGGGGAUCGAAUGGGCUAAGAGUACUUGGGAGAUCCCUGAAAAGUGGAGUGACGUGGGCAUCAGUGUUUCCGGAAGAUCUUAAAGUGUCUGAGAGAAAAAUAUUUGACCCUCAAGACAAGACUCUUCUGCAGUGGAAUAAAUUCUUUCAAGUUUUGUGUAUCAUAUCUGUAUCUUUUGAUCCCCUUUUCUUUUAUCUCCCAUAUUUCAAUCACAAAUCAUUCUGUCUCGCCAUAGACAGCAGCCUGGCAAGCUAUGCAGUUACACUCAGAACAAUCUUCGAUGCUAUCUACAUCCUUCGCAUAAGUUUCCAGUUUCGCACUGCUUUCAUUGCGCCUUCUUCUCGUGUCUUUGGACGGGGUGAACUCGUCAUAGAUCUUGCAGAAAUUGCUAAGAGAUAUUUGCAACGUUACUUUAUUGUUGACUUCCUCUCUGUGUUGCCUUUGCCACAGAUUGUCGUGUGGAGAUACCUUCAUGAUCCAGCGCGCACAAAGGUAUUAGCUACAAAAACGCAACUGUUGAACAUUGUCAUCCUCCAAUAUUUUCCAAGAUUUCUACGCUUUCUACCUUUGGCCUCAGAGAUUAGCAAGACAGCAGGUGUUUUUUCGGAGAAUGCUUUGGUCGGCGCCGCAUAUUACUUGACCUGGUACAUGCUUGGCAGCCACAUAACUGGGUCUGUAUGGUACUUAUUAGCUGUAGAACGUAAUGACACGUGCUGGAGGAAUGCUUGCAUGGAGGAAGAGCAAUGUUUCACGCAUUUCUUGUACUGUGGGGGUUCAAAUAAGCGUGCUACUGGCUAUGAAGAAUGGAGAAAGAUUAGCCCAACGAUUCUUAGGAAUAAGUGUUCCGCUGAUGAUGACGACGCCCCAUUUGACUAUGGAAUUUUCAAUCAAGCAAUAACAUCUAAUAUUGUUGCAUCAAUCAAUUUCUUUCCUAAACUAUGUUAUUGUUUAUGGUGGGGUGUCCAAAACAUAAGCACACUUGGUCAAGGGCUUCAAGCUAGCACCUACGUUGGAGAAAUUCUAUUUUGCAUUAUAUUAGCUGUUUUGGGGCUUGUCCUUUUUGCUGUUUUGAUUGGAAAGAUGCAGAACUUUCUUCAAUCGAUGUCUGUCCGUCUAGAGGAAAUGAGGAUCAGAAGACGUGACUCAGAGCAAUGGAUGCACCACCGCUUGCUUCCACCGGAGCUAAGGGAAAAAGUUAGACGCUAUGAUAAAUGUAAAUGGUUUAACACACGUGGAGUAGAUGAAGAGAGCUUGGUUCAGAAACUUCCCAAAGAUCUGAGGAGAGACAUCAAAAGAUACCUUUGUUUGAAUUUGGUCAGAAGGGUUCCUCUGUUUGCCAAUAUGGAUGAGCGGUUGCUAGAUGCGAUAUGCGAGCGGCUGAAGCCGUGUCUGCAUACAAAGGGGACGUGCAUAAUAAGGGAAGGGGAUCCGGUGAAUGAGAUGUUGUUCAUCGUACGUGGGCAACUUGAGAGUGUGACGACGGACGGCGGAAGAAGUGGAUUCUUCAACAGAGGUUUUCUGAAAGAAGGUGACUUCUGUGGAGAAGAGCUGUUAACAUGGGCACUGGACCCAAAAUCAUCGUCGAAUUUACCGUCAUCUACAAGGACUGUGAAGGCCAUGGAUGAAAUGGAAGCAUUCGCUUUGGAGGCAGAGGAGCUCAAGUUUGUUGCUUCCCAGUUCAGGCGCCUUCACAGCAGGCAGGUUCAGCACACAUUCCGUUUCUACUCCCAACAGUGGCGGACUUGGGCUGCCAUCUUUAUCCAGGCUGCCUGGAGGCGCCACCAGAGGAGGAAAAUUGCAUCCCUGCACCACAUCAACAAGCCUGAUGAUGACGACGAUGAUGAUCAAUCCCAUCAUGAUGAUGACAACGACGACGAUGAUGAUACAAAGGCCUUGAUUCCAUCUUCUUCGUCUUCAUCUUCUACUGCUAAUACUACUACUGCUGCUGCUGCUACUUCUACUAUGCUUAUUGGGUUAGAUUCGGCUAUGUAUGCUUCCCGGUUUGCAACUAAUCUGCGUGGGCAGAGGCCCCGUUCUUCCAGUUCGGAGGGCAUCGGCCUUCCCCCCCAAAAGCCUCGAGAACCCGACUUUAGCCAUCUUGAUGAUGAUGACCCACGCUAA